AAAACAUGGUUCUCUUUCAGAAUUAUCUUCAAAAACCUUACUCUGAAACCCAGAAAAUAACAUAACGCAACGAAUCCCUUUCCCCAAGAAUCUACCAGUUAUUGAAAAUCGAAGGUUUUUAUUCAGAACUCACUCACGACUCGUUCGUUCGAAUCAAAACAGUUCGAAUACAAUGUCGGUGACUCUGCACACAAACCUAGGUGACAUAAAGUGCGAAAUCUUCUGCGACGAGGUUCCCAAAACCUCCGAGGUUCACCGAAAGUGCAGAGAAAUGCAGCUGAUGUGGCAAUUGCAAUCACAUACCAUUUUAAAAAUCCUCGAUUCAUGCAGUCAUGAAUCCGGACUGUUAGGGAAUAACUUUUUAGCGCUGUCUGCAAGUGGUUACUAUGAUGGGACUAUAUUUCACCGCAACAUUAAGGGUUUUAUGAUUCAAGGUGGAGAUCCCACUGGAACUGGCAAAGGGGGAACCAGUAUAUGGGGCAAGAAAUUUAAUGACGAGAUACGAGAAUCACUGAAGCAUAAUGCUAGGGGAAUAUUGGCAAUGGCUAACAGUGGUCCAAAUACUAACGGAAGUCAGUUCUUCAUAACUUACGCAAAACAGCCACAUUUAAAUGGGCUAUACACUGUGUUUGGAAGAGUAAUUCAUGGAUUCGAAGUUCUUGAUCUCAUGGAAAAGACUCAAACUGGAGCAGGAGAUCGGCCACUUGCCGAGAUAAGGCUCAAUCGUGUAACAAUACACGCUAAUCCUCUUGCUGGUUGAUUUUUGUCUCAACAGUUUUUUCUUUUGUAAGGACAGGGGAAUUAUUCUUAAGACUGAUUUGAGUGUCUUUCAUGCUUACCCACUUCCAAUUCAAAGAAGCAUUUUGAGGAAGUAGUAAAAAUGUAUAUUAAAUUGCGAGUUUGGUGCUAUAUUUAGCUUUGUAUAAUGAUUCUGAGGUAGUGCUAAACUAACCACUAAUAUUUAACAUUCAA